AUGACAUGGAUGAAUUCCAGCAGCAAUCAGAAAUUGGAAAUGGAAGUAAUGCACCUGGUUAAAGAUGUGAUUCAUGCAGAAGACUUCAAUCCCAGGGACCUGGAUGGAUUUUCGGUGAGAAGAUGUUUACACGCAUUGGACAAUCACGGAGAGCAUGGGGCUGUCACUUUUCCAGAUGACUGGGUGGAGUUGGAUAUUACCCUUGACAUACUGACAAAGUCAAAAGACGAUCCGUCCAGGUCAUUUAGCAUCCCGGGAUUUCAUUAUCGGCCACUUGUAGCCAUGAUUUGUUCCGCAUUUGCUGACAUUCAAGCUAGUGCAUUCCAUCUUUUUCCCUUCAAGUGCUUGUGGAAAGACCUGCUGGAUGAUCAUCAAGAAUGUGUGUUUGAUGAGCUGUAUUCUUCUGACUCUUGGCUAGAAGCUCAGGAGGAACUGCAAAGGCAGCUGAGAGAACCUGGCUGCUCACUCAAGUGCAUGAUCGCUGGACUCAUGUUAUUUUCCGACUCAACUCAUCUAGCAAAUUUCGGAAUGGCCAAGGCUUGGCCCCUUUACUUAUAUUUUGGAAAUUUGAUGAAGUACACACGCUCAGCACCUAAAUCUGGUGCUUGCCAUCUUGUUGGCUUUUUACCUUCCAUAGACAAUGUCAAGGAUGUCCUUAGCACCUUACCUCAGAUAUCAAAAAGUGGCAUGGCAGUGCUUCAUGUGCAUUGCCGGCAAGACUUGUUCCAUGCAUGUUGGAAACAUUUACUUGAUGCAGACUUUCUUCAAGCAUACCGCCAUGGAAUAGUACUCCAGUGUCCGGAUGGCAUAUUGAGAAGGGUAUUCCUGCGUGUCUUCACAUAUUCGGCUGAUUAUCUGGAGAAGUUUUUAAUAGCGACGAUAAAGGACAUGGGCUCAUGCCCAUGUCCACGCUGUCUCAUUCCAAAGGCCUCUUUUGAUCUCCUUGGUCUGUUUGGAGACAUGCAAGAUCGCCUAGUUAACGUUCAGACUUACUGUCUAGUGGAAGUAACCAAGGCCCAUGGAUUUAUCUAUACAUUCAGAAAUACGGUUGAUGGUUCAAAGGUACAGAAGGCUCUUGGAGAAGGGUCAUGGGUUCCAACCGUGGUGAAAUGCAUUUGCAGAAAACUUGGGCCUUUAGGACUCGACACAUUUCACAUGCUUGUUAUUGAUUUCAUGCACGAAUGCGAACUAGGUACAUGGAAAGUGUUGUUUACACAUCUCAUUCGUUUACCUUAC